AUGGCUACUGAAUUGACAGUUCAAUCUGAACGUGCUUUCCAAAAGGUGUGUAUCAUGUUAUAUCUAGGAGAAAUAUUCCGCGAGAGGUAUUGA